AUGGUACUCCCUUUUAUAUGAAUACACACACACAAUUAACAUAUUCAUAUCCCCAAAAGAGAGAGAGAGAGAGAGAGAGAGAGAGAAGAGGGAGACAGAGAGAGAUGGGGAUUUGUGGAGGUAUAAAAGAUGGUGCAUCUGAUUCAAUCCCCAUCUUCAUAGUUGUGACAGCAGCCUGUUGGAUUUCAUAUUUGAGGUCUCUUCUCUUUCUCCUUCUAAAUUCACUUGGGUUCCUUCACUUGGGUCCUCACGAAUGCUGUGAAGAUGAGUCUGAUUUGGGUCUUGGGCUGGCCCGAAUCAUUGUUUUGGCAGAAGGAUUGGAGAAGAACUCGAGCUCUGAACAUGGGUUUGAUGGUGGUGAUGAUCAGAAGAAGUGUGCGGUCUGCAUGUGCAGGCUGAAGGAGGGAGAGGAGGUAAGGAAGUUAGGUUGCAGCCAUGUUUUUCACAGGUCCUGUUUGGAUGGCUGGUUUGGCUUCCUCAACCUGAACUGCCCAUUGUGCAGAGCCCCUCUGAUGGGGGAAGAAUGUGUUCGGGCCAGAGAAAAGGAGGUUUCCCAUGAACUGCACUCAUGGUUCUUCUAAUCAUGAUGAUGGAUAUGUCUCUGUUGUGGAUGGUGAUGGUGUGGAGAUGCUUCUUUUUUCCUUAGUUCUUUCAGCUUCCUUUCUUUUUCUUCGUGUUUUUGGAAGACAAAUUGUGAUAGAACUGGAUAUCUUCUUCACCAUCUUUCAGAUCAAGGCUGCUAUUUUAGGUGAUGUAUGAUGGACAUUAGUAACUCUUUUUGUAUGCUUACAUGAUGUAUGUUUUGACAUACAUGAUGUGCAUGUCUUUACAUGCUCUUUUUACAGAUUAUGUAUGUUGGACAAAAUGAAUAUGAUCUUUCCCCAAGUAUUUGUGAUAAAGAUGAAGACAAAUUAAGACUUCAA